GUAAAAAACUGGUCACACUGGCCAUGUCAUUUUGGACGCUGGCACGGCUGUCAUAAAAUGUUUACAGUUUGUGUUGUGCUAGAGCGCGGCGUAGUUGUGUUGUGUGGUGUUAUUAAAAUAGGUUAUAAUUAUUAUAUUGUUAGUAAAAAAUAUUUUUUACUGAGUAUAGAGUUACCAAAAGAUCUCAACGUUGGACAUUGUGUGUAAUCAUUUAAAAUGAAAAUCGCUGUAGAAGGUUGCGCCCAUGGCGAGCUCGAAAAAAUAUACGAGUGUAUUGAAACAAUACAGAAGAAGGAAGGCAUAAAGAUCGAUUUGUUGAUAUGCUGCGGUGACUUCCAAGCCGUUCGUAACCACGAGGACCUGCGGGCUAUGGCUGUGCCACAGAAAUAUCAGCAUAUGUGUUCAUUUCACAAAUAUUAUAGUGGUGAGAAGAAAGCUCCUAUAAUGACAAUAUUCAUUGGAGGCAAUCAUGAAGCUUCAAACUACUUGCAAGAGCUUCCCUAUGGAGGUUGGGUGGCUCCUAAUAUUUAUUAUUUGGGCAGAGCUGGAGUUGUUAAGUUUGGAGACUUAAGAAUUGGAGGAAUGUCAGGAAUUUACAAAGGUCAGGAUUAUGGUCAAGGACACUGGGAAUGCCUGCCCUACAAUCAAAGUUCACUUAGAACUGUGUACCAUGUCAGAUCCUUGGAAGUGUUCAGGUUAGACCAACUUAAAGAAAAAGUCCAUGUAAUGCUGUCCCAUGAUUGGCCAAGAGGGAUCACUGAUUAUGGCAAUACAGAAAAGUUAUUGCACUUCAAAACAUUUUUGAGGGAAGACAUAGAGUCUGGUCAACUAGGCAGUGUUCCAGCUAUGAAGCUACUCCAAUCUCUCAAACCAGAUUAUUGGUUUGCAGCACAUUUGCAUUGCCAGUAUGCAGCAAUUGUGAAACAUGAGGAGUCCGAGACAAAAUUUUUAGCUUUGGACAAAUGUUUACCUAAACGAAAACAUCUACAGAUUUUGGAUAUACCUUCUGAGUAUGAUGGUGACAUGUGUCUGAAACAUGAUGUGGAAUGGCUAGCAAUUUUGAGGAAUACAAACCAUUUGCUAGCUGUGAAAAAUGUUAAUCAGCACAUGCCUGGACCUGGUGGAAAUGAGAGGUACGACUUUACACCUACAGAAGCAGAGAAGGAAAAAGUGAGAAGUUUACUUGGAAGUCUUUUAUUAACAGAAAAUAGUUUUGUCAGGACUGCUGCUCCUUUCAAUCCAAAUGCACCAAAAAUUACUCCUCAAGAGCCAUUACUAAAUCCUCAAACAGUAGAGCUUUGUGAGAAACUUGGAAUUGAUGACCCAGUACAAGUUGUAAUGGCAAGGUCUGGUCGGAAGAUGAGACAACCAUGUGUUGAAGCUAAAGAAAUGAGACACCCAAGUGUUGAAGUUAAUGAACUGAUUGUAAAUCAAAAUUUAGAGUCUCCACCAAAACCAGUUUUGCAAACUCCUAUCAAGUCAUCAAAGCUGUCACUCUGCCUUCCACCACCGGUCACACCGAGUGGGAAUGAAAACUCUUCACCCACAUCCACACCUGAAUCUUCUACACCAGCAAAUAAUUGCGACAGUUUGAUAUAUGAAUGUAGAACACCAUCAUCCGAUGGGAAGAAGAAGUCAUUUAAGAGACGAAACAUGUCCAUUUAUAAUGUUUCAGAAGAUGGAAGUAGUAGUACUGAGACAACUUCUAUAUUAGACGAAGAUAGCCCUAGUUCUAAAUACACACGUGUAGAUAAUUUAUCUCGUUGACUAAUUCAACAAUAAUGACAGAACUUUGUAUUUUUCCCUGUAAGGAUUGUCAAUACAUAAAUAGUUGAGUCGGUAAUGUUAGAAAUGAAAGCACCUAGGAAAAAGUCUUUGUAGUAAAGAUAAUAUUUAUCUUACUAAUUUUGCACCCCUUUCUAGUUUGAACUUUUAUAAACCUCCAUAAUAUGGACUGAGGAAUAAGUAGCUCAAUUCCUAGUUUUUAGAAUGAAAAAAUACAUAGGUAUAAAUGUAUAUUGUAUUUUGUAACUAAAGUGCAGGAAAUUUUAGGCAAUAAAUAAUGUGCAAUGUUAUAAAGUCUUUUCUUAGAAAUUUUAAUAAAUUAGAACUUAAAUAGAAUCAAGACUCAACAAAUUAUUACUAUAAUUUAACAUUUUGCACUUAUAUUAUGAAAUGUAAUCAUGAAUGUAACUUGUUACUUGACAAGAUUCUACGAUUGCAGCAAUAUCUUGGCAUUUUUU